AUGAAAUCUUUGUUGGAAGAGAUAUAUUCGAGUGAUUAUUAUGAUGCUGAAGAUGAUGCGGGAGUGUGCCUGCCACUGCACGCCAUUUAGAAUGAUAGAGAGAGGAGAGUAUAUAUGAAUCAUGAUGAAGUUUUGACGAUACUCAAGGCACGCCCCCUCUCUGUAACCAAGAAAGACAGGAAAUGAAAUCUAACCCCGCUGAAUUAUCACAUUACACUUCGAUUACUCUGCCAUGCCAUGACAUGCCAACCAGCCUGCCACUCUCAAGGCCUCAACCUUGAGCAUGAUUUAUUAUAUAUAUGAAUCCCUUCCAUCUCCAUUACUUCAUUCACAAAUCACACUUUCUAACUCCUCCAAUUUUCGCCUCUUCUCUGCUAUUCACAUUCUAUCUCGAACAUAGCUACUAAAAAAUGGGUGAUAUUUCUAAUGGCAAUGGUAACGGAAAUGGUAUUGGCAAUGGCAAUGGCAAUGGCAAUGGAGUUCAUCACGGGAGCAAUGGUAAUGGAGUUGCUCAUAGUGCCAAUAAUAAUGGUCAUAGAAAAAGCUGUUGGUAUGAAGAAGAGAUUGAGCAAGACUUGAGAUGGUGUUUUGCACUCAACAGUAUUUUACACACAGGAGCUAGUCAGUAUCAAGAUAUUGCUUUAUUGGACACAAAACCCUUCGGAAAGGCAUUGGUUAUUGAUGGGAAGCUUCAAAGUGCAGAGAUUGAUGAGUUCAUUUACCAUGAAUCUCUUGUUCAUCCACCUCUUCUACAACAUUCAAAUCCAAAGACCAUUUUCAUCAUGGGAGGUGGAGAAGGUUCUACUGCAAGAGAAAUCUUAAGACACAAAAAUGUAGGCAAAGUUAUUAUGUGCGACAUUGAUGAGGAAGUUGUUGAAUUUUGCAAAUCACAUUUGGUUGCAAACAAAGAAGCUUUCUCUGAUUUAAGACUUGAACUCAUAAUAAAUGAUGCUAGGGCAGAGCUUGAGAGUAGACAAGAUGGUUUUGAUGUGAUAAUAGGGGACUUGGCUGACCCAAUUGAAGGAGGCCCAUGUUACCAACUCUACACAAAGUCCUUUUAUGAGUCCAUUGUCAAGACUAGACUAAAUGAAGGUGGCAUUUUUGUCACUCAGGCGGGACCAGCAGGAAUUUUCAGUCAUACAGAGGUUUUCUCAUGCAUUUACAACACUCUUAGACAAGUUUUCAAAUAUGUUGUUCCUUAUUCAGCUCAUAUUCCUUCGUAUGCUGAUACUUGGGGAUGGGUCAUGGCAUCAGAUACUCCAUUCACGGCUGAUGCAGAAGAACUAGACAUUAGAAUGAAACAGAGAAUGACUGGAGAAAACAAAUACCUGGAUGGAAAGACUUUUACCUCAGCUUCCAUCCUAAGCAAAGCCGUUAGAAACUCACUUGCCAAGGAAACUCAAGUAUACACAGAAGGAACAGCAAGGUUUAUCUAUGGCUACGGAACUGCACACAAAACUCACAGCACUUAAAAAUGAUGGAUGGAUGACUUCAAUCGGCUAGAAGAACCGUAAAAGAAGAAAGGCCUAAGAUAUCUAGUAGUAGUACUUUUUUUUUUUUUUUUGAGUUAAUCAUAUUUUGUUGGUUUUACUUUCUUUGUUUCGUUGGGAGGAAGUAAACUGGUGCCUAGUGCAAUUUAUAUGAAUGAACAUUUUCGUACUAAUA